CGCGGAAGAGGAAUUAAGGCCAGUGUUGUUCAUCAGCCUAGACAGUUAGCUCUCCUACCCCCAACCACACGCCAUUAAUAUAUCUCCCUAACCCUCCCAUUGCUCUGCAAUAAAUCUUACUUAUAUUUUCAGGGCCUACCGAUUUUAGGGAUCUCAUAUAAGUUUCCCUUAUCCUUGCUUUGGUGCUCGGCCCCUGGAAUUGGAAGAUCUUUGAAAAACUCGUUCGCUAAUCAGAAGGCUUCGUCGCUUUGGCAAUUUGGUGAAGUGGGUCUCUCUCUCUCUCUCUUUGGUGCUUAAAGAUGAAGGUCUCUGUCGUUUCACGGAGUGGUAAAGAAGUUGUUAAGGGUGGCCUUGAGCUCAGUAAUUCCGCUACGGUAGCAGAUCUGCAGGAGGCUAUUCAUCGGAGAACUAGAAAGUUCUACCCUUCAAGACAGAGGUUAACCCUUCCCCUCCAACCGGGAUCAAAGGAGAGGCCCAUUGUUCUUAACUAUAAGAAAAGUAUCGAGGACUAUUGCCAUGGAAACUUGGACCAUUUGACUGUAGUGUUCAAGGACUUGGGUCCCCAAGUUUCCUAUCGCACACUUUUCUUCUUUGAAUACCUGGGUCCUUUGAUCCUUUAUCCCAUCUUUUACUACUUCCCUGUCUACCAGUAUUUUGGCUACAAAGAGGAGCGCGUUAUCCUCCCAGUUCAGACGUAUGCUUUAUACUACUGGUGUUUUCACUACUUCAAACGAAUUAUGGAAACAUUUUUCGUGCAUCGGUUCAGCCAUGCAACCUCACCACUCUCCAAUGUGUUCCGUAAUUGUGCAUAUUAUUGGACCUUUGGUGCUUAUAUUGCUUACUAUAUGAACCACCCACUUUACACCCCUGUUAGUGACCUCCAAAUGAAGAUCGGGUUUGCAUUUGGAUUGCUUUGCCAAGUCUCAAACUUCUAUUGCCAUCUCUUGCUGAGGAAUCUCCGCAGACCUGAUGGGAAUGGAGGGUAUCAAAUUCCACGUGGUUUUCUGUUCAAUAUUGUGACAUGUGCAAAUUACACAACAGAGAUUUAUCAGUGGUUGGGCUUCAACAUUGCAACUCAGACUUUUGCAGGGUAUACUUUUCUUGUAGUGGCUGCUGCUAUCAUGACCAACUGGGCCCUUGCAAAGCACCGCCGCUUGAAGAAGCUAUUUGAUGGUAAGGACGGAAGAACCAAGUAUCCACGAAGAUGGGUUAUAAUACCCCCAUUCCUGUAAAAGACACUGCUCAGCUUGCCUCUUGUUGGCCCCUUUGGUACCAAGAUUCCAAUUUGACAGCAUGAAUUCAAGAUUGUAAGAGCUUCGUUCUUGUCAGAUAUGAACUUAACAUCUAUUCAGACAACUUAUUAGUCCCUCCCAUCCCAUUUGAAGGACCUGAGGUCCUGAGGAUAAACAUAUUCUUUUUCUGUUUCCUCUCAGUUUGUCAUACUAUUUGGAACCUUGCUGGUUUAACUUUUAGCCAGGUUGGCUUCUUGACUGUAUUUUUAUAUUAACUAGUCUUUUCUUUUUGGCCUCUAGAA